AUGAAUAAAUUUAAACGAAAACUAGUUUUCAAUGAAUUAUUAGAGGAACCAACGAAAAAAUUUCGAAAUCAAUUAAUAACAUGUCUUGAAGACUUAUCAAAUGAAAUCUUUUAUGAAAUAUUUGAUUAUUUGAAUGGUUGUGAAAUAGUUAAAACAUUUUCUAAUCUUAAUUCUCGAUUUAAACAACUACUUUACUCUUCAUCAUUUCUAAUUAAAACUCAUUUUUAUUUAUUUAAUUAUGACAAGAUGAUAAAUACAUCUAAUGAAUUAGAAAUAUUCUCAACUGAAAUAUAUUUAAAUUUAAAAAUCUUAUUUAUUCAUUGUUCAGAUAAUAUUAUUUUUCUUGACGCUUAUCGAUGGGAAAAAUUAAUUUUACAUUAUUAUCCUCAAUUAGAAAUAUUCUAUUUCAUAUAUUAUGAUCGUAUGAAUAAUGAUAAUCAAUAUUCAACAUAUUCUUAUGGUUUAAAUCAAUUUUCCUCAUCAUUUUGGAUUCAACAUAGAUGGAUAUUCAACGUACAAAUUGAUAAUACAGAUAUCAAAUAUAUGUUUGAAAAGAAAGUCUCUGAUUCUGAAUCGUUGAUUGGUAGUCUUCAUCGAAGAGUGAAUGAAUUAGAACAUUUUGAAUCAUUAGCACGUUCACAACAAAAUUAUGAACUUGCUUUAUCUACAACACGUGAAAAACAUGAACAAGAAAUAAUAUCUCUUAAUGAAAAAUUACAGAAUAUUCAAAUGAAUUUACAAGAAAAGAAUGUUGAAACCGAUGAACUUCGUAUUCAAUUGGAAAUUACAUAUAAAAAUAACGAAAAAGCUACACUUGAACGAAUAGAAACAAUUAACCAUUUAAAUGAACAAUUACAUGAUUGUGAACGAAAAUAUUCUGAUUUAUUAACCACAAGUUCAUUAGAAUCAUCCAAUCAAAUAGAAACUAAACGGCAAUUAACCACUAUGACUGAGGAUAAAGAAAAACUCGAACAUAAAUGUCAAGAAUUACAGUCGGAAAUUCGAACAUUACGCGAACAUCUUGGUGAAAAUGAACAAGAAAUUGAUAACGAUAUAUUUUCUAUGAAAAGUAUUCCAAUUAGUGACUAUGAUAGGAAUGGAAAAUUGCCAUUAGAUGGGUCAUUAAUAAAUGAAAAUAUUCGUUUAAAAGAACGUAUCGACGAAUUUCUAUCUAAUGAAAAACGUUUUAUUGAAAUAAAUGAAGAAUUACAACGUAAACUUCAAGAUUAUGAAUUUCCAUCAAAACGCAGUUAUAGUAGUAGUAGUAGUAGUUCGAAUGAAACUGUUAUAACUACAAGUAUUCAUAUGGAAAAAAUAAAAGAGUUAACAAAUCAAGUUGAAACAUUAGAAAAAGAUUAUUCAGAUUUACAAGAAAAAUAUGAAUAUGAAAAACAUGAAUUACAAACAAUGCUUGAACAAUUACGUGAAGAUGUUAUUGAAUUAGAUAAAUCCAAACAAUUUUAUAUCGAUUUAUGUGAAGAAAAAAGUCCUAUGGAUGAUAGAUUACAAACAAAAUUUGAUUUUGAAUUAAAAAGUAAAUUAGAUGAUUUACGUCGAAUACUUGAAGAAGACUAUAAUGAAAAACUAUUAUUUCAUAAAAAUAAUCAAGAAAAACUCGAACGAGAUAAUCAAAAUUUAAAAAACAAAUAUAGUCAAGAUUUAGAACAGCAAUCAAAAGAAUUUUAUCAAGAAAUGGAAGCUGUAAAAAUAAAACAUGAAAAACAAAUUAUUGAAUUAAAUAAUGAAAUUGAUAUACUUAGAACUAAUGACGAUGCAAAUAAUCGUUUAGUAUAUACUGAAAAAGAAUUUGAACAAUUAAAACAUGAUUAUUAUGAUUUAAAUAUAAAACAAAAAGAAUUAUUAAAAAAUUAUUCAAUACUUGAAAAUCAAAAUCACAAUUUAUUAAAUUCAAUUGACCAAAUUGACAAAGAAAAUAAUCAAUUAAAAGAAAAUUUUUCUCAUGAAGAAGAAAAAUUAUUAAAUGAAAUAAAAGAAUUAAAUGAAUUAAAUCAACAUCAACAAGAAGAAUUAUUAUCUAUUCAAAAACAAACUGGUUUUAAUCAAAAUAAUUUACAAGAUAUUCAAUCAUUCCAAUUACGUAUAAAUAAUUAUGAAAAUUCAAUAAGUCAAUAUGAAGAAUUUCGUUUAAAAUUAGAAAAUAAUUUACAAAAAAUUACACAACAACGUGAUAAAAAUAAAACUGAUUUAAAAUUAGCACAAGAUAUGUUAAAAACUAAAGAAGAUGAAUUUAAUCAAUUAAAAUCUAAUUUAGAUGAAUGUGAAAAAAAUUUACAAGAUAAUAAACAACAAUUUAUACAAUAUAACACAACAAUUAAUGAUUUACAAAAACAAAUUGAAUUACAAACACAAGAAUUAAAUCAAACACGAUUAACUGUUAAUCAGAAUAUUGAACAUGAAUAUCGUGAAAAACUUAUGGCUUUUGAUGUUGAAAAAAGUCAAUUUGAACAACGUUUACAACAAGCAAAUCAAGCUCUUAAUUUAGCUGAUUGUCAUUUAGAACAAGAAAUUUCAAAAAUAAAAUUAAGUCUUGAACAAGAAUAUAGUCGUCGUUAUGAAAAUGAUCUUAAACGACAUCAAUAUGAAUUAAAUCAAUUACGACAAAAAUUAACUAAAGAAAUUGAAAAUAAACGUAAACUUAUUACACCAGUUAAUGCUAUAAAUAAUUCUCAACAAGAUAUAGAAGAAAUUAAAAAAGUUUAUCGAACAGAAAUCGAUCGUUUAUAUCGUGAAAAUGUUGAAUUAAGUCAACAUCAAGCAAAACUUAUAGAUUCACAUCAAAAACAAAUGGAAAUAAUGAAAAAAGAAUUAGAUGAUGGAUACAAUAAUGUUAUUAAGGAAUUUCAACGUGAACAAACACGUUUAGAAACACGUUGUGAUCAAUUAAAACAACAAUUAUUAGAUUCACAAAAAACAAUUGAACAAUUAAAAUCAAAUUUAAAUCGUUUAAAAAGAAAUCAUUUUAAUGAAUUACCAAAUGUUAAACAAACAAAUACUAAUCAAUAUGAUAAUAAAGAUCAACAAAAUAUUAUGAAAAAACGUAUUAUAAACCAUGUUAAAUCACUUGAACAAUCAAAUGAGGCAUUGAAUCAAGAACGAACAUUACAUGCUAAACAAGUAAAUGAAUUUCAACAAACUAUAUCUUCAUUACAAGAGAAAAUAAUUGAUAAGAGUAAACAACAUACAAGAUCUACGAAUGAAAUCAAACUUGAACUUCCACAAGAACGUUUAACAACUCAAAGACGUGCUAUAUCACGACCAACUAGUUUAGCAGAAUCUGCACAAGUAUUUUUAUCAAUUCUUUUGAAUCAAAAAUAA